CCUUCAGAACAGUUUCGAAAUCGAGACUGUAUUUGUCUCCGAAUGGGUUCUCGCAUCAAGAUGUUCUCGUGUUUCCCUUACUUUUCAGAAGGUGUAGUUGUGAAAGGUUUUGGUCGAGGAAGCAAAGAACUGGGUAUACCUACAGCAAACUACCCGGAAAAUGUAGUGGAACAUUUACCAAAGGAGGUUGAAGGGGGAGUCUACUUUGGUUGGGCUAAUGUGGACAAUGGACCUGUGCAUAAAAUGGUGAUGAGCAUAGGGUAUAAUCCCUAUUACCACAACAAAAUGAAAACUAUGGAAACGCAUAUAAUGCAUGAUUUCAAAAAGGAUUUUUAUGGUUCUAUGCUGAAAACUGUGAUGCUAGGAUAUGUGCGGCCAAUGCUAGACUUCAAAUCAUUAGAUGAACUUAUAGAAGCGAUACAGUCAGAUAUAAAAGAAGCAGAUAAACAGCUGGAGAAGCCAGAAUUUAAACAAUACCAAAAUGACAGUUUCUUUUUUUCUAAUGAACAGCGGAGCAGAUGAUAUAUAUGUAUAAAUAGAUAAUUUUAUGACUAGUGUAACUUUUAUAUUGGUAGAAAUGGAACUUAAAGGAUUAAAUAUUGCAUUUUAAACUAAAUGAUUAUAAUUUUUGAUGACAUUUAUUGCUAUUAGUUAAAUGAUAAUGUAAUCCUAAAGUCACUUUUAUACACUUGUUUAACCACUUUGUGUGUAAUCAAUAACAAAGUUGUAGCCAUGAGGUUCAAAAAUUCGAUUUUUCCAACCUUUACAAAUGGGAUUAUUCUUCCCAACACACCAGGAGUGGAAAAAAAACCUUUUUAAUAUUCUAUUGAUAAGACCACAUUUUCUCACAUUCUCAGAGCAACAUGGCUUUAAUACAACUUUGGCCAUUUAUUAAAGUUACAUAUCCCUUUGAGCAUGGUUUAUGCCAAACAAAACAUAAGCAAGGGCCAGUCUCAUAACAUAGUUGGAAUUUAUUCCAAUUUGUCAAAAAAUGAAAGUUAAUCUGCUGUUUAAAUGAGAAGUUAAUCUGCUGUUUAAAUGAGAAGUUAAUCUGCUGUCAAACAGUAAUUUUCAAGAGUCGUGAGGACAGGCACAUGUUUAUUUAAGAUAAUCUAUUGAUUAAAAUUAAUUACCAGAAUGGCAGAUAUUUAUUAUUGCAUGCCGUAUUAAAAGGUAGUUCUGUGGCUUGAUGUUUAGUGAACUGUGUCUGAAAAUGCUGAGUAAACGUGUCUCCAGUGUCAUACUGAAAUGAAAGAUGAUGUGAGGAGAACCAUACACUAGGAUUGUUCGUUUUGAAUACUUUCAAAGAAAGAAGACUACAUGAUCCUAUUUUAGUCUUAAUUCCUUUGAAGCAUUCUGGUGCACUCAAGGACAACAUAAAUGGAUUCCAAGUUGACUAAACUGGUGUCCAUACAAAAAUUAUACAGGUGCAAAUGUAAAAUGGGUUUAUAAUAAUGUAAUUUUUGCAGACAAAAGACUCAAUCUAACUUAGCUGUUGCUUAACAUGAAACACGGGUAGAUAGUGAUUCUGAUUGGUGCCAAUUACCUUUAGUCAGCUUCACGUGUGCUGCUAAGUUGGUCAGAACUUCAAAUUGCAUAAAAGGAAAUGGUGAUGGUUUAUCUAAGAAAAGGAAGUUGAAUGCAUACAAUAAGUUGUAAUGAAUUAAUAUGUCAGUGAUCUAUUUCAGAAUAAAUUACAUCAUAAUGUAAAA